GUGGCCGACGACCUGCGCGGCGUGCUCCUCCUGUCCCUCGCCUUCAUGGAGUCGCUGACGAUCUAUGGGCUCGUCAUUGCGCUGGUGCUGCUCUUUGCCAACCCGCUCAUCAAGUGCUCCCUCUCGUCCUUCUCCCGCUCGGGCUUGCUCUUGGCAAUGGCGGCCCCUCGCUCCGCCAUCCUGACCGCGGCCGUCGUGCUUGCCUGCACCAGCCUGAUGGCCGCUUUCGUGCCCUCGCCGGUCGCGUCGCGCCCGACAGCGCAGUCGCUGCCGACGGCGGCGCUCAGCGCGGUGGCGCUCGCGGCGCCCACCGCCGCCCACGCGGAGGGCUCGAGCGUGUGGAUCCCGGCCCUGUCCGCCGUCGGCGCCGGCUUCGCCAUCGGGCUGGCCGCCAUCGGGUCCGGAGUGGGCCAGGGCAUCGCCUCCGGCCGCUGCAUCGACGGCAUCAGCCGCCAGCCGGAGGUUGCCGACGACCUGCGCGGCGUGCUCCUCCUGUCCCUCGCCUUCAUGGAGUCGCUGACGAUCUACGGGCUCGUCAUUGCGCUGGUGCUGCUCUUUGCCAACCCGCUCAUCAAGUAG